AUAGACAUCCAAAAACCGGCAUCUUGUGUCCUCGCCAGUGUCCCGAUGGGUUAUGCUAAGGUUGAAGGCUCCCCAUGUAGCAGGGUUCUGGAAGGACUUUUAUUUUGACACAACCGGAAGUUAACGUGCAAAUGAAACCGUGUCUGCUCGUGUACCGGUUUGUCAGUUGUCUGUUGUUGGUCUAAUAAGUCUAAUUAUCUAGCUUAUACACUUUUACAAAGUUUUUGUAUGUAAGAUAUAUUAUUGUGUGAUUUCAUACAUUUCCAUGGCUUGUUGAUAUACAUGACAGAUAGCUGAGAUCAGUAAACAAGUCAGAACCAAGGAUGAGGACAGUGUUUAUGGUGGCCGAGAAGCCCUCACUGGCUCAAUCUAUCGCCAAAAUCCUCUCUAAAGGUAGCUGUUCAUCACGAAAAGGCCUGAAUGGAGCAUGCUCCGUUCACGAAUACACUGGAAGUUUCGUGGGUCAGAAUGUGAGAUUUAAGAUGACAUCAGUGUGUGGACAUGUCAUGAGUUUGGACUUCAUCGGAAAAUAUAACAACUGGGAUAAAGUGGAUCCAGCUGAGCUUUUUAGCAAAGCUCCGACUGAGAAAAAGGAAGCAAAUCCCAAACUAAAUAUGGUUAAAUUCCUACAGGUUGAAGCUAAAGGUUGUGAUUAUGUCGUCCUGUGGUUGGACUGUGACAAAGAAGGAGAGAACAUAUGUUUUGAGGUGUUGGAUGCCAUUCAGCCUGUGAUGAAUAAGUCUUACGGUAAUGACAGUACUGUGUAUCGAGCCAAGUUCAGCUCCAUCACAGACACUGAUAUCUGUAACGCGAUGAACCGGCUGGGAGAACCCAACAAGAACGAAGCUCUGUCUGUAGAUGCGCGUCAGGAACUGGACCUCAGAAUCGGCUGCGCUUUCACACGUUUCCAGACCAAGUAUUUCCAGGGGAAAUAUGGUAAUUUGGAUUCCUCCUUGAUCUCCUUUGGCCCAUGCCAGACUCCAACAUUGGGAUUCUGCGUGGACCGUCAUGACAAGAUCCAGUCCUUCAAACCAGAGUCAUACUGGGUUGUACAGGCCAAGGUUUUCAGAGGGAAGGACAGCCCACUCACCUUGGAUUGGGACCGUGUGCGAGUUUUUGACCGAGAUGUUGGACAAAUGUUUGUCAACAUGGCAAAGACUGCUAAGGAGGCUAAGGUUGAGUCUGUGACUAAGAAAGAGAAAGCCAAGCAAAGACCUCUCGCAUUGAAUACAGUGGAGAUGUUACGAGUCGCCAGCUCUGCUUUGGGAAUGGGUCCACAGCACACCAUGCAAAUAGCAGAGCGUCUCUACACACAAGGUUAUAUCAGUUACCCUCGCACAGAGACAACACAUUACCCUGAAAACUUUGACCUUAAGGGCACCCUCAAACAACAGGCCAACAGCUCUUUCUGGGGAGAAUCGGUAAAAGCUUUACUUUCAGAAGGCCUCAACAGGCCGAGAAAAGGAUCUGAUGCAGGAGACCACCCGCCAAUCACACCCAUGCGAGCAGCCUCUGAGAAUGAGCUCGGCAGUGAUGGUUGGCGUCUUUAUGAUUACAUCACACGGCAUUUCAUAGCAACGAUCAGCCCCGACUGUAAAUUCCUACAGACCACUAUCUCAUUCAGCAUCGCCACGGAGAGCUUCACAUGCAGUGGCAAGACGCUCAUCUCUGCUGGUUACACUGAGGUGAUGCCCUGGCAGGGUAUCCCACUGGAAGAGGCCUUGCCAGUGUGUGAGAGAGGAGACAUAUUCACAGUGGAUGAGAUCAAACUAUUGGAGAAACAGACCAAUCCACCAGACUACCUCACUGAAGCAGAGCUCAUCACACUCAUGGAAAAACACGGUGUUGGUACGGAUGCCAGCAUCCCUGUGCACAUUAAUAACAUCUGCCAGAGGAACUAUGUGACUGUUGAAAGUGGCCGAAAACUCAAACCCACCAACCUGGGGAUUGUUCUGGUUCACGGGUACUAUAAGAUUGAUGCAGACUUGGUGUUACCCACCAUCCGCAGUGCUGUGGAAAAGCAGCUGAAUCUGAUAUCUUUAGGAAAGGCAAACUUCCAACAGGUCUUACAACACACCCUUGACAUUUUCAAGAGGAAGUUCCACUACUUUGUGGACUCCAUUGCAGGCAUGGAUGAACUGAUGGAGGUGUCCUUCUCUCCAAUCGCUGCUACAGGAAAACCUCUCUCUCGCUGUGGCAAAUGCCGUCGCUUCAUGAAAUACAUCCAGGCUAAACCCAGUCGCUUGCACUGCUCCCACUGCGAUGAGACUUACAGUUUACCUCAGAAUGGAGCCAUUAAACUGUACAAAGAGCUCAAGUGUCCUCUGGAUGAGUUUGAGCUGGUGCUCUGGACUUCUGGGUCUCGUGGCAAAAGCUACCCUUUGUGUCCCUACUGCUUCAGCAAUGCUCCCUUCAGAGAUAUGAAGAAAGGUAUGGGCUGUAAUGAGUGCACCCAUCCAUCUUGCCAACACUCUCUCAACUCUCUUGGGAUUUGUCAGUGUGUUGAAUGCGAGACAGGCGUCCUGGUCUUCGAUCCUACAUCUGGUCCAAAGUGGCGCAUGGCCUGCAAUAAAUGCAAUGUGGUGGUGCAUUUCUUUGAGCACGCACAUAAAGUGCAGGUGUCACAGGACAGCUGUGAGUCCUGUGAAGCCUCACUGGUCAUCGUAGACUUCAACAAGACUCGCUCGCCGUUACCUGAUGGUGAAACACAGCAUACUGGCUGUGUGUUUUGCGACUCUGCAUUCCAGGAUCUAGUCGAGCUGAAAUAUGCGACCAUGCGGCAUCCCAUGCACCGGGCGGGAGGAGCCCGCAGAGGGAGAGGGAAGGGGAGGGGGAGGAGGCCAGUGGGGAGAGGAAAUCCCAAAAAGCCCAAGGAUAAAAUGGCAGCACUGGCGGCGUAUUUUGUAUAGAAUGUGUUUGUAAAGAAUUUGUUGUGCUGUAAUAAUUAAAACAAACUAA